AUGACUCGGCUAAUGCGCGAAGCUCCGGCCCGGGCCAACAUUGAACUGGGCGACGUAACGCACCACAAUCUGAAGCAGUUGAAGAAAAUCAACACGGUCGUGCUGCCGGUAUCGUACAAUGAUAAAUUCUAUCUGGACGUGUUAGAAUCGGGCGAGCUGGCUAAGCUGGCGUACUACAACGAUGUUGUGGUCGGUGCAGUGUGUUCCCGUAUCGAUACAUCGGAAAAUAUGCGCCGACUGUACAUCAUGACACUCGGCUGUCUCUAUCCGUACCGGAGGCUUGGCAUCGGCACCGUGAUGGUACAGCACAUUCUGAACUGCGUCGAACGGGAUGGCAACUUCGACAGCAUAUUCCUACACGUGAAGGUAGACAACAAGGGAGCGAUCGAGUUCUACAAACGGUUUGGGUUUGAAAUAGUGGAAACGAAACAGCACUAUUACAAACGGAUCGAACCGGCGGACGCACACGUGCUGCAGAAAACGCUUACGAAAAAGGCAGCAGUGGCGGCCGCGGCAGCGAACAGCAAUCCCUCGCAUCAUCACAGCACGGAAUCGGACGAACACCAUCUGCAGGUGGCUAAUGGGGAUAGUCACGAGGUACCGGGAGCCGGUGAAGCUGCCCAGGAAGCACCGGCCAACGAGAACGUUAACAAUCAUUCGAGCAUUCAAAACUCGACCUCGCAACAAACGCCGCAAGCCGCGGAAAAGAACCGAUAA